AUGGAAGAAUGCGUCGUCAAUCAACGAAAUUAUCGGAAUCAGCAAGAAUACUAUGCAGUCGUAAGACGAGGACAGAUAACCCCAAAGCGGGGGCCAAAGCAUGAGGAAAUGCCAUCGUUCAAUUUUCAUGCGGUUGUACUUGAAAUAGCAAAGAAGAAGAAAGAUAAAACAACUCAUAUGAUGAGCAAUGAUGAGAUAGCGGAGAAAGAACACGAACAAAUUUCAAACGAAAAUGAUCACUGUGCAAGAAAUUUCAUCAAUUAUCGUCGACGAGUUGUGGAUGUGAGCGAUGCCAAAACAUGCGCCUUAUUAAUGGCGAAAAUCAAGGAAGCUACGCAGUCAUCGCAGUUGGCAGCAGAAGAAGCGAAGAAAGAACAAAAUCAAACAGACGAUGGAUUUGGUCUUGGAACUGGACGAAGAACACAGCUUAAUUCAUCAAAAGAAAAAGGCCCAACAUCGUUGUUCAUAUUCAGCGAGGAUAAUAUCAUUCGACGAAAUGCUCGAGCUAUCAUUGAAUGGGGACCCUUCGAAUAUUUCAUCCUUCUUACUAUCAUCGGAAAUUGUGUGGUACUUGCGCUCGAGCAACAUCUUCCAAAAAAUGAUAAAAUGCCACUUGCUGAAAUGUUGGAACAUACGGAACCAUAUUUCAUGGGCAUUUUUUGUUUUGAAUUUUUAUUAAAAGUAAUAGCAUUUGGAUUUGUCCUUCAUAAAGGAUCAUACCUCCGUUCAGGAUGGAAUAUCAUGGAUUUUAUUGUUGUUGCUUCCGGAGUAGUAACAAUGAUGCCUUUUACAUCAUCGGAUGGCGAAGGCCGAGGUUCGGUGGAUUUAAGGACACUUCGUGCUGUUCGUGUUCUCAGGCCACUGAAACUUGUCUCCGGUAUACCAAGUUUACAAGUAGUUUUAAAAUCAAUACUGUAUGCGAUGGCGCCAUUGUUGCAAAUUGGCUUAUUAGUCUUAUUUGCUAUCGUUAUAUUUGCAAUUAUUGGAUUAGAAUUUUAUUCCGGUAUAUUCCAUUCCGCAUGUUAUAAUGCACAUGGUGAAAUUGAAAAUCUUAGUGAUCGUCCAUUUCCAUGCUCGAAUAAAUCAGCAGCAACGGGUGCAUAUAAUUGUGAGGUUGAGGGUACAGUAUGCCUUACUCAAUGGAUUGGACCUAAUUAUGGUAUCACUUCAUUUGAUAAUAUUGCAUUUGCUAUGAUUACUGUAUUUCAGUGUAUUACUAUGGAGGGAUGGACCACUGUAAUGUAUUAUACAAAUGAUUCACUUGGUAGUACCUAUAAUUGGGCUUAUUUUAUACCUCUAAUUGUUCUUGGUUCUUUUUUUAUGCUCAAUUUGGUCCUUGGUGUCCUGUCCGGUGAAUUUGCGAAAGAACGUGAAAGAGUUGAGAAUCGUCGAGAAUUUCUAAAAUUACGUAGACAACAACAAAUUGAGCGUGAAUUAAACGGUUAUCUAGAAUGGAUUUUAACCGCUGAAGAGGUGAUUUUAAAAGAGGAACGAACAACGGAAGAAGAAAAAGCAGCUAUUAUGGAAGCACGACGACGAACUGCGGCGAAAAAAUUGAAGCAAGCAAAUAAGCGGCAAAGUACUGAAACAGAAGAGGACAUUGAGGAAGAAGAUGAAGAUGAGGAUGAUUAUCUAAAUGAAGAAAGUGAAGGUAAAAGAGCAAAACGAACUUUUUGGGGAUCAAUAUGCAAAAAGGUGCGACAUAUGAGGGUUCAAAUGCGACUUAUUGUAAAAAGUCAGGUGUUUUAUUGGCUUGUUAUAACAUUAGUCUUUCUCAAUACUGCCUGCGUUGCUUCAGAGCAUUACGGUCAACCGGAAUGGUUUACGGAAUUUCUAAAAUACGCAGAAUAUGUAUUUUCGGGGAUAUUUAUAUGUGAAAUGCUAAUGAAACUAUUUGCAAUGGGUCAUCGUGUUUAUUUUGCAUCAAAAUUUAAUCGUUUCGAUUGCAUUGUUAUUGUGGGCAGUGCUUUUGAAGUAAUUUGGGCAGAAUUAAAGGGUGGCUCCUUUGGUAUUUCCGUACUUCGAGCCUUACGACUACUGCGCAUCUUUAAGCUCACUUCGUACUGGGUAUCAUUACGUAACCUUGUACGUUCACUUAUGAAUUCAAUGCGUUCUAUCCUCUCACUAUUAUUCCUUCUAUUCUUAUUCAUUCUUAUUUUUGCCUUAUUGGGUAUGCAACUAUUCGGCGGAAAAUUUAGUUUUCCGUCCGGACAUCCCUAUACUCAUUUUGAUACGUUUCCGGUGGCCUUAAUUACAGUCUUCCAGAUAUUAACCGGAGAGGAUUGGAAUGAAGUAAUGUAUUUAGCAAUUGAAUCACAGGGUGGUAUAUAUGGUGGCGGUAUGGUAUAUUGCAUAUAUUUCAUUGUGCUCGUACUUUUUGGCAAUUACACACUGCUAAAUGUUUUCUUGGCUAUCGCUGUGGAUAAUUUAGCAAAUGCGCAAGAAUUAACAGCAGCUGAGGAAGCGGAUGAACGAGCUAACGAGUUGCCGGAUGAUUCGGAAAGUCUUGAUGAACAGGAUAGUGAACAAUGCGCCAUCGAUAUGGAAGGUAAAGCAGAUGGGAAUAUAUUGGAAAUGCAACAUGAAAUAGAUGAGGAGUAUGAAGAAGAAGAGAGUCCCUUUGGUGGUCCACGACCAAUUGUACCAUUCUCUUCAAUGUUUAUUUUUUCAUCAACAAAUCCGUUUCGUGUAUUGGUACAUUCAGUGGUAUCAACGAAAUAUUUCGAAAUGUUAGUAAUGGGCGUAAUAUGCUUUUCCAGUAUAGCACUUUCAGCGGAAGAUCCAGUCGAUGAGGAUGCUCCGAGAAAUAAAGUGCUUCAAUACAUGGAUUACUGCUUUACGGGUGUUUUUGCUUUGGAAAUGUGCCUUAAAUUAAUAGACCAAGGAGUAUUACUACAUCCAGGCUCAUAUUGUCGUGAUUUUUGGAAUUUACUUGAUGGUAUUGUCGUCUUCUGUGCUCUUGUUGCUUUUUCAUUUGCUGGAGCUGAGGGUUCAGCUGGCAAAAAUUUGAAUACUAUCAAAUCAUUAAGAGUAUUACGUGUUUUAAGGCCACUUAAAACGAUCAAACGAAUACCUAAAUUAAAGGCAGUGUUCGAUUGUGUAGUAAAUUCGCUUAAAAAUGUAUUCAAUAUUCUUAUCGUUUACAUUUUAUUUCAAUUUAUCUUUGGUGUAAUAGCAGUACAACUAUUCAAAGGGAAAUUUUUCUAUUGUACGGAUAAAACGAAACGUUUCGCACGUGAAUGUCACGGACAGUAUUUUGUCUUUGAAAGUCCGGAUGAUUUGCCGCAUGUUGAAACACGUGAAUGGCGUUUACGUCCAUUUAAUUAUGAUAAUACAGUGAAUGCAAUGUUAACAUUAUUUGUUGUUACAACAGGAGAAGGAUGGCCAAGUAUUCGGCAAAAUUCGAUGGAUACUACCGAAGAAGAUGAAGGACCAUUACCAUUUUAUAGAGUCGAGAUGGCACUAUUUUAUGUUAUGUUUUUCAUCGUAUUUCCAUUUUUCUUCGUAAAUAUCUUUGUUGCAUUGAUUAUUAUCACAUUUCAAGAGCAAGGUGAAGCAGAACUUUCAGAAGGUGAUCUAGAUAAGAACCAGAAGCAAUGUAUUGAUUUUGCGCUAAAUGCUCGUCCACGAUCAUUAUUUAUGCCAGAAGAUAAGAAUUCGAUGAAAUAUCGGAUUUGGCGUCUUGUUACUUCAACUCCAUUUGAAUAUUUCAUUAUGGCAAUGAUUUGUUGCAAUACAAUCAUUUUAAUGAUGAAGUUUCAUGGAAAUUCUGAAUUUUACGAAAAAAUUUUGCGUUUUUUUAAUACGGCACUAACGGCAAUAUUUACAGUGGAAUCAGUCUUGAAAAUAUUAGCGUUUGGUGUUCGAAAUUACUUCCGCGAUGGUUGGAAUCGUUUCGAUUUUAUCACUGUGGUUGGCUCUAUCACCGAUGCAUUGGUCACUGAAUUUGGUGGUCACUUUGUAUCGCUCGGAUUUUUGCGUCUUUUUCGUGCUGCUCGUCUAAUUAGGCUUCUACAACAGGGAUACACUAUAAGAAUAUUGUUGUGGACAUUUGUUCAAUCUUUUAAAGCCUUACCAUAUGUUUGCUUACUAAUUGGAAUGCUUUUUUUCAUCUAUGCUAUUGUUGGAAUGCAGGUAUUUGGUAAUAUUUGGUUGGAUGCAACUACCGAAUAUAACAGACAUAAUAAUUUCCAAUCAUUCUUUAAUUCAAUCAUUCUUCUUUUUCGGUGUUCCACAGGUGAAGCUUGGCAAGAUAUAAUGAUGGCAUGUACAGCAGGGAAAUAUUGCGCAAAACCGAAUUCAUUUGAAAUUAAUUUAGCUAAAGGACCAACUUGUGGUACUCAAAUGUCUUACGUAUAUUUCACAACAUUCGUCUUUUUGUCAUCAUUUUUGAUGUUAAAUUUGUUUGUUGCUGUAAUAAUGGAUAAUUUUGAUUAUUUAACUCGUGAUAGUUCAAUUCUUGGACCUCAUCAUUUGGAUGAAUUUGUUCGAGUUUGGGCUGAUUAUGAUCCAGCUGCAACCGGACGAAUUCAUUACACGGAUAUGUACGAAAUGUUACGUAACAUUACGCCACCAGUUGGAUUUGGCCGUAAGUGUCCAUAUCGUUUGGCCUACAAACAUUUGAUACGAAUGAAUAUGCCAGUAGCAGAUGAUGGCACUGUACAUUUCACGACAACAUUGUUUGCAUUGAUUCGGGAAUCACUUAGUAUUAAAAUGAGACCUGUGGAAGAAAUGGAUGAGGCAGACGAGGAGUUACGUCAAACUUUACGGAAAAUAUGGCCAUUAAAAGCAAAAAAGAAUAUAAUAGAUUUGGUAGUACCACCAAAUACAGAAUUAUGCUAUCAAAAAUUAACCGUUGGGAAACUUUACACGGGCUUACUAAUCCUUGAAAAUUAUCGAGCCAAGAAAUCAGGAGUUGAGAGGCCUUAUUCGUUGUUUUCUACAUUGGUCGAUACAAUCAAAGCUGUGAAAACGGAUAGUACUGAAAAUUCACCGAAUAGUCCAAUAUCGCGUAAACGAAGUCUUAUAAUUUCUGAUAAACCAACUGUUGGUCGUCGUCUUUCGGGAAUUAUCUCAAAAAUACGUAGCCGAGAAAGUAGCAUAAACAACAAUGAUCCAUCACAACAGCGUUAUUCAAAUGGUGGAAUAUUCUUGAGUGUCUAUGAUAAAAACAGUACCACUUAUGAUGAGAUACAACAAUUGAUACCAGAGGAACGAUCACAUAAGGAUUUGUCAAAUUAUCCACGUAAAACUCGUUCAAAUUCGCCAACUGAUCAUUUUUAUCGACGAGGUCUUUCACAUUCUCCAGAAAGUUCACCGUCACAUUCCAACUAUAGUCGACAAACGUCACGGAAUUGUAAUUCACCUACACGCUUGAACAAUUUCAUAAAGCUACGAGGUGAGGGAUAUCCAAGUCCACGUGUACCACCUCAUAGAUCAACAUAUGAUGAUAGUGGUGAUAACGAUGACAACAAAAAUUUAUCAUUAGUUGAUGGUUAUUUGCCAAACCGACUGCGACGAUUAUCACCAACGCGUCCAUCUCAUGUGAAUCAGCGGAUUUAUUCAGGUACACCAUCACCGCAAAUGCUUACGGAUGAUGAUGAACCAAUGCCAAGUGCAGUACGUCAACGAAGACUUCCAUUAAUUGGUGCAUUACCUCCGUCAGCGCCAUUACGUUCACCUGAACAUUACAUAAGUCCGUAUCAUACGGCACGAAGUGAUUUUAACACAGCUAGCGGUGCUCCACCGUCUGUUUACUAUACGCCUGCUGAUGAUAUACCAUCACCAUCUCCCAGUUCUGCAUAUAAUUUCCCAUUUUAUGGACAAGGUGGUAGCUACGGACACCAUUUAUCAACUGGAUAUGGUUGGAGAACAUCAUCUGUUACCGUUGGUUACCAUGGUAAUAAUAUUAGCCCGUAUAGUCGAACACCUAAUAGUGCAGGUAAUAGUGCACCAACGGUAAUUUAUGCCGGUAAUCGAUUACGACCAAUGAUACGAGUGAUACGAGCUCAGCCAGGUAAUGUACCACUCAGCGAUUCUGAUAACGAUGAUCCAAAAUGGGCUGUUGUUUAA